AUGAUCGUUGAACGCAGUUCAAAUAUUUCGUACACACCCACAAACGAUGACCCAUUCCGCCAGUUCGACCUGUACUUUUCCCGCAGAAAUGGGGGUCCUUUCCCUUUGAUUUGUUUUGUUCAUGGAGGUGCUUGGCGGUCCGAAGACAAAUCUGACCAUUCAGUUCUUGCCGAACGCAUGGUUGAAUUCACUGGGUUCCCGGCUAUUCUUCCGAACUACCGGUUGACCCCCAAAGAGUCUACGGACGGCUCGCAGUUCCAGCAUCCAGGGCAUGCUGAGGACAUCUUGCAACUGCUCGAUUUCCUCAUGACGUGGGAAGGGCCAACAGCAGUCGGGCGUGUAUAUGACCCACAGAAUAUUUACCUCAUGGGCCAUAGCUGCGGCGCACACAUGCUGGCCUCCAUAUUUUUGGAUUCGUCGCUCAUCUCUCCGUCUAUAUCCCUGUCGCCCCAAAUACUCAAGUCUGUCCGCUGUAUAAUUAUGUCUGAGGGCAUCUACGACAUCGACACCCUUAUCGCUCGUUUCCCGUCUUACCGUACUUGGUUCAUCGAAGCUGCGUUCGGGGAUAAACCGUCUUAUUCCGAGUAUUCCGUUACACGCCUUGCCCUCAGAACCAAAUUAAUUCGCUGGCUUGUCAUUCAUUCGCAGGGUGACACCCUCGUUGAUACUGCACAGAGCGAAAUCAUGUAUAAACACCUCCGCGAGUUGUAUGGCACCUCCGCCGACUGUUUCGUGACGAUGGAUGUGGAUCAGCUACAUGCAGAUCACAAUGCGAUCCUUGAGGAAGAGGUGUUUGUUGAGUUAGUUGGGGACUUUAUACUCAAGGAUUGCUCAUCUACCAGCUUGAAUGGGGGGGCUAUUCAAUAA